UGCUGCCAGCGCACUCGUAUUGUUGUUAUUGUGCGUGUGUUUUUGCAUUUUGGCCGAAAUGUCGAAAAACAAGCUGAACCUGGUGCUGCCGCCGGUGAAUACGAAGGCAACUGUUGCAGCCGCACAAGUGGCCCCAACGCCGCCAUUUAAAAAACCAUCGGGCACAGAAACACAUAGCCUGCUGGGAAAGCCAAAAACGAGCAUUGAUGCGUUAACUGAGACUCUAGAAGGACUGGACAUGGACGACACGGAGCGCAAGCGGAUAAAAGCGUUCCUUAGCCAGAAGGAGAAGAUUGGCGAACUUUCGGACGAGGACCUGGAGAAGCUGGGCGAACUGGGCUCCGGGAACGGCGGCGUAGUCAUGAAAGUCCGACACACGCACACAAACCUGAUUAUGGCGAGGAAGCUGAUUCAUCUGGAGGUGAAGCCGGCCAUCAAGAAGCAAAUCCUACGCGAACUAAAGGUCCUACACGAGUGCAACUUCCCACACAUUGUCGGCUUUUAUGGCGCCUUCUACAGCGACGGUGAGAUUAGCAUAUGCAUGGAAUACAUGGACGGCGGCUCACUCGAUCUCAUACUGAAGCGGGCCGGUAGAAUACCCGAGUCGAUCCUGGGACGCAUCACGCUCGCCGUUCUGAAAGGCCUUAGUUAUCUGCGGGCCAAGCACGCCAUCAUCCACAGGGAUGUGAAGUCGAGCAACAUCCUGGUCAAUAGCAGCGGAGAGAUAAAGAUCUACAUAAGUCUGAACUAG